GGACAUAUAUUAUUCUAAACUUUACACAUCUUUGCCACAACCUGUCAACAAACAUUUUUUGUUUUGUUGAAAAAUGGCGUCAGCGGCAGCAGGAGGAGACGUCCAGACAUCAGCUCUGAAAAAAAAGUCGGAAAAUGCUAAAAAGUCAGAACUUCUCAGGGAAAUCCAUAAACUUGAUGUUCAAAUCCAAGCCCUUGAACGAGAAAGAACGACUCAUAUCUUCAGUAAAAGAUCAGACUUUCGACAAGAUUUUGCUUGUUUGGACGAAGAAGAUGCAAAAAUGGUGGAAGAGCGAAAAACGGAAAAAAUCAGACUGAAGCAACAACUGGGAAAGAUGAGCCACAUGGUGAAAAGAUUCCAGAGAGAGCUGAAAGAAGUCAAACCUACCCCAGAAUUUGUGGAAAAACUUAAAAGUAUCAUGGAGGAAAUUGAAGAGACUAUCAAUUCUUUCAAAGAGCAACAACGAUCAAAGUAUGAAGAGUUCAUGCGCUCUGAGAGAACUUUACUUCAAGAAGUUCAACAACUAGAAUACAAAUUUGAUUCAUGGUCUCAGCUCAAUAAGACUGAUUUAUCUGCACGAACGACGUCAACCAAACCAAUAGCCAGUGCGAGGGAUGUCAAUAAAGACCUACCUCCUGAAGUUGCAGCAUUUGAUAAAUUUGUCCACCAAAGUGGGGGACAUAGAGGAGGCUGGGAUGAAUAUGACCAUCAAACUUUUCUUCGCUACCGAAACAUGUAUAAGGGUCGUAUUGUCUUCCUAGAUCACUUGAAGCCAAUGUUGCCUACCCGUACAGAAAGUGAGAUGAGAGAGCAUGAGUCAUGGUAUCAAGAAUAUUCCUUUCUUUUGGAAAAUAAGAAGUGUGCUAUCAAAAAGUGGAGAGAGAAAAAAGAGGAAGAAAAAGAAGAUGCUCUUACACAAGUACAAGAUGAAUUAGAAAAGGAAACAAAGCAGAUGAAAAAUGCCGGGACAGAGAAAGUCACUUCAGCUGAAGAAAAGUCAGAGAAACUCAAGCAGAUUAAUGCUUGGAAGGUUCAAAAGGAAUUGGAAAAGGCAAUGAAGGAGGAGAGAAAACUGAAAGAGGAACUGGAAAAGAAAAAACGUCAAGAAGAGGACAGACAUAGACAGAUGGAAGUAAAAAAGAAAGUGGAAGAAGUAAAGCAGCAGAGACAGCUUGAAGAGGAAAUGCUUCAGAUGAUUGAGGAAGAGCGUAAGAAGGAAGAAGUGGAGAGAAGAAAACAGAUCUCUGCAAGAGAGAUAGGCAGGUUUAGAAAUCGAUUUUCCUGGUUCUUUCUUACUGAUGUCUAUCAGCUGCACCCCGAUCAUAGGGACAUGAGACAACUUGAUGAAAAGCUGCUUAAAGAGAAAGAACUGGAAGAGAAGAAAAAGGAAAAAGAGAGAAGACUUGCAGCUUUAAAAAACCAGGUUCAUGUGGAAGCAGCCAGAGAUCCAAACAGAUUGUUAAAGCCUACUGCUGGAUGGAAGGAGAGACUAAAGGACAAAUCCUCAGGUGGUGGGGGUCAAAUUCUCCACAUGCCCCACAGGGCUGUUCCAGGCUGGCGACAGGGCAUGAUGUGAUGUGUAUUAUUUGAUACACUUGUCUUUAUUUUAUGGAGCGUAUUGUACAGAAGUUAACAGAGUGCUAAUAUUAUUAUAAUAUAUUAGCACUUGUCCUGAUGGUGGGGCUUUCAGGAUUCCUGGGCAUACUACACUGGUACCUUGCAGAUGAAAUAAUUCUGCCUCAGUAGGCUACUAUCCUAUCUAUUGAGUCUUCAGGUUGUUCUAACUUACACACUGAAGCUGUGUCAGAUCAGGGAGCUUGAAACUCCAAGGUUAAGCUGCCCAGAUCUGGUACUCCCUCAGUUAGAAGAUGUCUCAUGGGGAUGACUUCAUGUAACAAAUAAAAGUUAAUUUAUUUUUUCUCUUUGUGAAGAAAAUGCUAUUUAAAAAAAUGCUGUACCUGUAGACUUUACUGUGAUUAUUUCAUUUUGUUAUUAUAUGAAUAUUUGAUUGUUCAAUUGCACAAAUGUAUCCUUUUAGGGUUGAUGGGGAUUUGGGUGGAAAUUAGCCAAACAGAAGUGUCAAACUACAGGCUCAGAUUUUCAGCCUUUAGUUUGUCUUGUUUGUCAUUCUUGGCUUAAUAAUUUGAGAAGGUUUUGCCUCUUCAAACUGACCAACUGGACUCGCUUGUACAUGCUAUAAAAAUGUUAUGCCUCUGUAAACUCAAUUUAGAUCUUUUAGGAGGCAAGCUGCUUUUGUUCUGCCAGUCAGGGCUAACCCAGACUGUUUUGAGUACAUACCAGCACAAGAAUGGAGAAACUUGAUAAAAAGUGAAUUUUAUUCUUUAGUGGGAUGGACAGAAAGCCUUAUGAUUGCACGACAGAUGUCGGUGCCAAUACAUGUUCCACAUUCUUACAUCUUGGUCCUUCUUUCUUGUCAUAUUGACUUUAUUAUUCAAAGGAAACUCUUGGAACCGGUGUCUUAUUCUUAUGAAAUUAAUUUUUGGAUGUAAAUUCAUCUCUAUGUUUUGUUAUGUUUUAUUGGUAGCCACACCUUAUGUCAUAUUCAUGAAAGUGGGAAGAAAAAAAAAGAGUACUGGCCUAGUGGAAAUAAAGGAGAAGAACAUUUAAUUAAGGUUUGGGCAUAUAUGGAAGGGGGGAGGGGGAGGAGGACUGAACCCAUAUUGCUGGCUGGCAUUUGUACUUAAUUAUGGGGUCUGAUAUCUUUUGUUAUUUUUGUUAUUCUAACAUUCCAGAGUAGUGCCAAUGGGGUAUAGUAAUUUAUUAGACACACAAUAGGCUACCACCCUAUGGGUUUUUUUUCUGGUAACCACUGAAAACUAUAGCUUUUUUCAUCUGAGUUGCUGACAUGCCCUGCAAUAAAGAUUUUGUCAGAGAGCAA